UUAUCUCAUUAGGUAGUAUCGUCGUGCGGUCAGCAAAUACCAGACGGUCAUGUUCGGGCGCAUACCGUGCGCCUUCAUCGCAAUCUCGUGUUUCUUGAUUAUUGUUCAGGCCGGGGUGUUCAAGAGGAGUUCAAAUACAGCGCGAACCUGUGGCUACGAAGGAUGUCCGAGAACUAAUCCGAAGAAACUUAAUGUUCACUUGGUAGCGCAUACACAUGACGAUGUCGGAUGGUUAAAAACUGUCGAUCAAUAUUUCUUCGGUGGACGAAAUGACAUUCAAAAGGCAGGCGUCGAGUACAUUCUCGAUACAGUGGUGGACGCACUGCGAAAGGACCCUGACAGGAGAUUCAUUUAUGUGGAGACCGCCUUUUUGUGGAAAUGGUGGCUGCGACAGAAUGAAAAAAUCCGCGAGGAGGUGAGGACUCUUAUCAAUGAAGGCAGAUUAGAGAUCAUCGGAGGUGCGUGGAGCAUGAAUGACGAGGCCACAACUCAUUAUCAGUCUAUUGUUGAUCAAUCAACCUGGGGAUUCAGGCGGUUGAACGAUACGUUUGGGAAAUGCGCUCGUCCGAAAAUCGGGUGGCAGAUCGAUCCCUUCGGUCAUUCACGCGAACAGGCCUCACUUUUCGCGCAAUUUGGAUUUGACGGAAUGUUUUUUGGACGUCUUGAUUGGCAGGAUAAGGUGAAACGAAUGACCGACAAAUCCGCUGAAUACAUAUGGAAAGCGAGCUCGAGUCUCGGUAAAAAGGCAGAGCUUUUUUCAGUCGCUCUCUUCAACAAUUACAGUCCACCCCCGGGAUUCUGCUUCGAUAUCCUGUGCCAGGACGAUCCCCUCAUCGACGACCCAGAGAGUCCCGAUUACAACAUCAAAUCAAAGGUCGCUCUGUUCUUAGCUUUCUGUCAAGUUCAAUCGAAAGCUUAUGCCACAAAUAACGUCAUUCUCACAAUGGGAGAAGAUUUUAAUUAUCAAGACGCUCAUAUGUGGUUUACUAAUCUGGAUAAAUUGAUAAGAUACACAAACGAGCUCUACGGUGACGAGGUGAACGUCUUCUACUCAACACCCUCGUGCUACCUAAAAUCCGUGAACGAAGCUGGCAAGACCUUCCCCACGAAGAGCGACGAUCUCUUCCCCUACAGCAGUGAUCCCCACGCCUUCUGGACGGGCUACUUCACCUCGCGCCCCACCCUGAAGUACUACGAGCGUCUGGGAAAUAACUUCCUCCAGGUCGCGAAGCAGCUCGCAGUCCUGACGAACGCAGGCGACAGUGAAGACCUCGAGAAAUACCGGGAAGCGAUGGGGGUGAUGCAGCACCACGACGCGGUCACCGGAACGGAGAAGCAACAGGUCGCGGAGGACUACGCGCGACUCCUGACAGACGCCAUAGUCCGGGGUGAGAAGAUCGUCUCCGAGGCGAUCGGCAAACUGUCAAUCAGAGACAAGCCAUCAGCAGCUCGUGAUUUCAAGUCUUGCCUUCUGCUGAAUGUGAGCUCUUGUCAACCUAUCGAGGACUCCAAGACCUUCACCGUGACCCUGUACAAUCCUCGAAGUCACCCGGUGUCGACGUACGUUCGGAUACCGGUGAAGGGCGCCGGUUACAUUGUCAAAGACUACAUCGGAACGGAAAUCGUGACGCAGCUGAUUCCAGUUCCCACUCCUGUAUCACAAACCCCUGGACGAACGAGCAAAGCCACGCGGGAGCUGGUGUUCAGGGCCCUGGAGGUCCCACCCCUCGGAUACCAAACCUUCUUCAUAACUGAGAAGGAAGGCGACGGCAGCUUCGACGAGGUCAGUCGUCCCGACUUCGUCUCCUCCAUCGGCGGCGACCUCUACGACAUCACCGUUGACUACGCUGGCGACGUUCACGUGCAGUGGAAGAAAAUGGAUCUGAAGGUCGUCCAGUCUUUCAAGUACUACCAAGGCGCCAAAGGAAACAACUCGGAGUUCAAGAACAGGGCGUCCGGGGCGUACAUUUUCCGGCCGAACGGCUCCCUCCACGACUUCAACUACGCCGGAUUGUACAAGUUCUACAAAGGCCCUCUCGUCGAGGAGUUGCACCUGACCGUCAACGGCUACGUCAGCCAAGUCGUCCGGAUCUACAACGGCGAGGACAGAAUUGAGUUCGACUGGGUCGUAGGGCCCAUUCCCGUGGCGGAUUCCAUCGGAAAGGAGAUUGUCAGCAAGUUCUCGAGUAAUUUGGAGUCGAAAGGAGUGUUCUUCACGGACAGCAAUGGACGGGAGAUGCUGAAGAGGGUCAGAGACUUCAGGCCGACGUGGAAGCUCAAUCUGAGUGAACCCAUCGCCGGCAACUACUAUCCUGUGACGGCGAAGAUCUCGUUGAGAGAUGAGGAGAAGCAGCUGAGGAUGAGUGUUCUGAAUGAUAGGGCGCAGGGAGGGAGCAGCAUGAGGAACGGAGAGCUGGAGGUCAUGAUACACCGGCGACUUCUGAAUGAUGACGCCUUCGGCGUCGGGGAGCCAUUGAACGAACUGGCUUUCGGCAAGGGCCUUGUCGCCAGGGGGGUCCACUAUCUCGUUGGAAGCAGCUUGAUGAAUCUUGAUGCGGCGGCUUCCAAGGAGAAGUCCCUCGCCUUGUCGCUGGCUCUGAAGCCCUGGGUGCUGGUCACUCCGGUGGAGAAUGUGACCUUCGGGCAGUGGCAGAGCCAGUACGUCAUGCAGAUGAAGGGACUCAGGAAGAGGCUUCCCCCGAAUGUUCAUAUUCUGACCCUCGAACCGUGGAAGGGGGGUCAGGUUCUUCUGAGGCUCGAACAUCUUUACGAAAUCGGCGAGGCUGGACAGCUGUCCCAACCGGUGGAGGUCAACAUAACCGAUCUCUUUGCUGAUUUUGACGUCGUCGCGGUCCGGGAAACCACCCUGGGAGGGAAUCAGUGGAUUGAGGACCAGGACCGUCUCCAGUGGACUAGUGAGACUAACGAGGUCCUUCCGGAUUUGGAAGAUUUUAAGGUACAAGUGGAGGUUCUAGAUGGCGCUGUUAACGUCUUACUGAAGCCCAUGGAAAUUCGAACCUUCGUUGUUAGAUUCAAAUCUCCUCCGGGCUCUUGAAGGAGAUAUGGGAAGGGAACUGAAGGACGUGCGUCGUUUUCACUUGUACAUGUUAAGAAUUAUAAAAUGUAGAAUAAAAAUACAAAUUUUCAGUUUUAUAUGAAUAAAAAGUUUGAUUUUCUUGAUAA